AUGAGCCCAUAUCGUUGGCAAACGACGCAGGGGACUUGCUUGAUUUGCUUGCUUGUGCAGCUGGUGCUGCCCAAGGUUGGGCUGGAGGGCUCGUUAGAGAGACAACAAAAGCCUGGACCGCGCGCGCAGUGCCCUGUCGGCUGUCAGGGUACAAGGCGAGUGCUGAGCCCGGCGCCCCGCAGCCGGUGCAGCGGCCAAUCGAACACUGCCGAUGGGUCGCCCGCCAAGACCGCCAAGCUCUUGGCGGGCUUGGCAAACUCUGCUCCGCCCAGCAGCAGCGACUCCAAGUCUGUCACCCCCGCGCCGUCCAGCGCCGGCUCCAGCGCCGCUUCCCUGGCCAUGCUCGCCGAAGACAACCUCACAUGCCGCUGGAAUCAGUGCAACCAAAAAUUUGCCAGCCCCGAGAUUCUCUAUGAACACAUUUGCGAUCGCCAUGUUGGCCGCAAGAGCACCAACAACCUGAGCCUAACGUGCCAAUGGAACUCUUGCCGCACAACCACCGUCAAGCGUGAUCACAUCACCUCGCACAUCCGAGUGCAUGUUCCUCUCAAGCCGCACAAGUGCGAGUUCUGUGGCAAGUCCUUCAAGCGCCCUCAGGACUUGAAGAAGCACGUCAAGACCCAUGCCGACGACUCCAUCCUCUCUCGCCAGGAUAACGGCUUCAACUACCGGACACAGUCCAAGGCAGCUCCUAGCUACUAUGAUCACAAUGGCCAGAUGCGUUCCGGCCAUGCCGGCUUCCCCCAGCCCAGCCAUCCGGGCGGCUACUACGCGCCCCAGCAACCAGCCAGCUACGGCAUGUACUUUAACCAACCGCCUCUGAACACUCCCCGCGCGGAGCAUAUUGGCUACAACACCGCCGGCGCCGGCGGAUAUGACCGUAAGCGGACCUACGACAUGGUGGACGACUUCUUUGGCCACGCCAAGCGCCGCAACAUCGACCCCUCGUCUUACGCCGACAUUGGCCGCUCGCUUCUGCCCCUCCACGGUGCCGUCUCCGUCAGCGGACCCAUGGCCGCCGCGGAGCAGUAUAUGCCCCAGCCUGUGCAUGUCUCCGGCGGCAUGAGCGCCGCCGGGCCUCCCAUUUCCCACAACCCUCUGGCGCAACAGUACUACCUGCCCAUGCCCAGCGCCCGAACACAAAAGGAUCUCGUCCAGAUCGACCAUCUCCUCGGCCAGAUGCAGGACACCAUCUACGACAACGCCAGCCACGCCACCGCUGGUGUGCACAUCCACGGCGGCGGCGACCAUCAUCACGGCUACGGCGGCGGCUUCCGGAACACUCCCUCGCCCAACACCAUACACCGCGGAUCCCCCACCCACAUGGGCGACGGCUACGCCGUUUCGGCCGCCAACAUGGCCUCUCCCCUCACUGCCAUUUCCUCCGCCGGCACGCCUGCCCUCACUCCGCCCUCCAGCUCCAUGUCCUACACCUCGGGCCACUCGCCCAGCCCGUCUGCCUCGGGCAUGUCCGCCGCCGGCCUGUCCCCCCAGUCCCGCCACAGCCCCGCGGCCGUCAUGUACCCGAGCCUCCCUACCAGCCUGCCCGGCGCCAGCCACGGCUUCGGCCAGUCGGCCACGGCCACACUCGGUCCCAGCUUCGACAUGACGGAGCGCCGCCGCUACUCGGGUGGCCUGCUCCAACGCGCCCGUGGCCCCCUGUCCGCGCGGCCUGUUGAGGCGCCCAGCCCCUCCUCCACGCCCAAGGCCGCCGCCGCCGAGAGCAACAGCAGCCCCGCCUCGCCCGGGUCGGAGUCGUCCGACGUCAGUGAGACCACGCGCGAGCGGGAGGAGCAGUACGACCGCUGGCUCGAAAACAUGCGCGUCAUCGAGGGCCUGCGCGACUAUAUCCGCGGCCGCCUCGAGCGCAGAGAGUACGUGGACGGGUCGGAGCACACCGCCGACUCCAUGGACAUUGACGUCAAGAGCCCCCAGAUGCCUCCCCGCACCCUCGGCAACGGCAAGGAGGGUAACUCGCUGUACCCCAUCCUUCCCGUUCCCGGCUCUUGA